CCCAGGAUGCCCCGCAGCCCCGGGACGCGCCUCAAACCCGCCAAGUACAUCCCGGUGGCCACGGCCGCCGCGCUGCUGGUCGGUUCCAGCACCCUCUUCUUCGUGUUCACGUGCCCAUGGCUGACGCGAGCCGUGUCCCCCGCCGUACCCGUCUACAAUGGCAUCAUCUUCCUCUUUGUCCUGGCCAACUUCAGCAUGGCCACCUUCAUGGACCCCGGCGUCUUCCCCCGAGCGGAUGAGGACGAGGACAAGGAGGACGACUUCCGGGCCCCCUUGUACAAGAACGUGGACGUGCGUGGCAUCCAGGUCCGCCUGAAGUGGUGCGCCACGUGCCACUUCUACCGCCCGCCCCGCUGCUCCCACUGCAGCGUCUGCGACAACUGCGUGGAGGACUUCGAUCACCACUGCCCCUGGGUCAACAACUGCAUCGGCCGCCGCAACUACCGCUACUUCUUCCUGUUCCUGCUGUCGCUCAGCGCGCACAUGGUGGGCGUCGUGGCCUUUGGCCUCGUUUACGUGCUGAACCACGCCGAGGGGCUGGGCGCAGCCCACACCACCAUCACCAUGGCUGUCAUGUGUGUGGCCGGCCUCUUCUUCAUCCCUGUCAUUGGCCUGACCGGCUUCCACGUGGUGCUGGUCACGCGGGGCCGCACCACCAACGAGCAGGUGACCGGGAAGUUCCGUGGAGGCGUGAACCCCUUUACCAGAGGCUGCUACGGGAACGUGGAACACGUGCUUUGCAGCCCCCUGGCUCCCCGGUAUGUGGGGGAGCCGCCCCGGCUGCCGCUGUCCGUGAGCCUGAAGCCGCCCUUCCUCCGGCCUGAGCUGCUGGACCGGGCCGCCCCGCUCAAGGUCAAGCUCAGUGAUAAUGGGCUGAAGGCAAGCCUGGGCCGCAGCAAGUCCAAGGGCAGCUUGGACCGGCUGGACGAAAAGCCACUGGACCUGGGGCCUCCACUGCCCCCCAAGAUGGAGAGCAGCACGUUCAGUGGUGAAGUGAAGACCCCGCGCCCGGCCAGCGCCGAGAGUGCUCUGUCGGCACAGAGGACCAGCCCCCCGACGCCUGCCAUGUACAAGUUUCGACCAGGCUUCCCCACGGGUCCCAAGGCGCCCUUCUGCGGGCCUGGGGAGCAGGUCCCCGGCCCCGACUCCCUGACCCUGGGGGACGACAGCCUGGACUUCGUGUCCGAGCCCAGCCUGGACCUGCCAGACUACGGCCCCGGCAGCCUGCACGCCGCCGCCUACCCGCCGUCCCCGCCGCUCAGCGCCACUGACGCCUUCUCGGGGGCGCUGCGCUCCCUGAGCCUCAAGGCAGCGGGCAGCCGGCGGGGCGGAGACCACGUGGCCCUGCAGCCCCUGCGCUCCGAUGGUGGGAACCCCGCGCCCCACCGCGGCCUCUUCGCCCCGCACGCGCUGCCCAACCGCAACGGCAGCCUGUCCUACGACAGCCUGCUGAACCCCGGGUCCCCUGGCGGCGGCGGUGGCCGCGCAUGCCCGGCCCACCCCUCGGCGGGCGCGCCCGGCUACCGCUCGCCCUACCUGCACCCGGGCGCUGUGGGCGAGCCCCCGCGGCCUCCGCCCCGCAGCUUCAGCCCGGUGCUGGGACCCCGCCCGCGGGAGCCUUCGCCCGUGCGCUACGACAACCUGUCAAGGACCAUCAUGGCCUCCAUCCAGGAGCGCAAGGACAGGGAGGAGCGCGAGCGGCUGCUGCUUUCGCAGGCCGACUCGCUCUUCGGCGACUCGGGCGUCUACGACGCGCCGAGCUCCUACAGCCUGCAGCAGGCCAGCGUGCUGUCUGACGGCCCUCGGGGCUUGGCGCUGCGCUACGGCUCCAGGGAUGACCUGGUGGGCGGCCUGGGAUUUGGCGGCGGCGGCAGCGGAGGUGGCGGCGCCCGCAACCCCGCUCUGCAGGCGUCGCUCUCCUCGCUGUCCAGCGCCGUGAGCCGGGCGCCGAGGACGUCCUCCUCCUCCCUCCAGGCUGACCAGGCCAACAACAACGCCCCAGGGCCCAGGCCAGGCAGCGGCUCCCACAGGUCGCCUGCCCGCCAGGGCCUGCCCUCCCCGCCUGGCACCCCCCGCUCCCCCUCCUAUGCAGGCUCCAAAGCUGUCGCCUUCAUCCACUCGGACCUCCCCUCGGAGCCCCCGCCCUCGCUGGCCGUGCAGAGGGACCACCCUCAGUUGAAGACCCCCCCAAGUAAGCUUAACGGGCAGUCCCCGGGCUUGGCCCGGCUGGGGCCCACCGCCGGCCCCCCGGGGCCCUCCGCCAGCCCUGCCCGGCACACGCUGGUUAAGAAGGUGUCCGGCGUGGGUGGGACCACCUACGAGAUCUCGGUGUGAGGACUGACUGCCACCCAUCUGCCGUGUUUCCACGGGACAGCGGCCCUACCCCCUUCUCGGCCCCGCCCCCUCCACUCCCCCAGGGAGAGGGGGCCGCCCAGCCUGGCGCGGCUGCAGCAGCAGGAGGAAGCGCCCACGCCUCCAGAGUUGGUCCCCUCACCCUCUGCUUGUCCGCCUGGCCACUCAUCUGCUCUGGGACAAGGCCCUCCCCGCCCCCGUGUGAGGCAGGGCUGGGGGCUGCCGGUCUGUCUCUGCGCCCUUGGCCAGGCUCACCCCUGCUGCCCCAGCACCCACACACCCACCAUCCUCCUCCUCCCGCAGGGCAGGCUGCCCCCCUGCUUGCUCUCCCUGCAGGUGGGUUUUCCGGGCCCCCUAACACGUUGCCUUUCACAGACCCUGCUUGUGGCUUGGCCAAGGCCCGUGCCCCUGUAGGGGGUGGGCUAGAGUGCAGCCCGGGCCUGGUUGGUUCUGGGCUGCAGCAGAUGAGUUGGACAGCUGUGGCGGGGCCCCGGCUCCGUGUGUCCCGUCUCGCCCGGCCCGUGGGCCCUCGUCCCCAUGUCCGUGUGCCGCGCCCAGCUCGGAUCGCCGCUGUCCCUUUCAUCGAAGCCUUAACCUCAUGCUUUACGCUCUUGUGGGAGGCGACAGGAGGCCGGGGAGUGGGGGUGGGGCGGGUGGAGGCACCUGCAAUGCCACUUCAGGCAGUCCCUCCCCAGCCCUCAGGCCCUCCCUGCCAAACUGGAGAAUCCCCCCCCACAGACCCGUGGAGAGCACCCCGGGUGCGGGAUGGGGGUGGGGUCAGUGCUUCCCCUGGCGUCAGGGACCCAAGAUUAAGCACAUGGCCACGUCCGCUUGCGUUGUGUCUGUUUUAUGUUUUUAUAUUACAUCUAUAUAUCUAUAAUUUUAUUAAAAAAAGAAAAAGAGGCAUCUGGAGCCAGUGCUUGAGCCAAGGC